GAUACCUCGGCCAUGCUGUUGGCGCGUUUUACAAAGAGGGGGGGAAUCGAAACGAGCUCAAUGCCAAGCUGCGAUUGGUAUACAUGGCAGUGAUGGCACUACUACCUUCCAGGUUACCACCGUUGUUACUAUCGUGCGCUAGGUUCCAAGGUUACCUAGCUAGAUAACCACAAAUCCCCCCAAAUUCCCUUAUUUAUAUAUGACUUUUCCUAGCUACCUAGAGUAGGUAAGGUACCUACCUACCUAACUAGACACUUUCUACAUAUCGCUUUCCACCAAUCCAAAGCAUCAUCACCACCGACCAUGAGCGAAGCCACGACGCAGCCAAAGACCGAGCCCAAAGCCGAAGACAUCUUCGAGCCCCACGUACUAGCCCAAUACGACCCGGAGGUCGUCAAGUAUGUCCUCAAGACCAGUCUAGUAGCCCAGGCCCCGUGGCGCAUCGACGAGAUCCGCGCUGAUCCCGCCCGGUUCACGGGGCCGUGGGCCAAGGACGUCACGGGAUAUGAGAGGGUCGUCGACAGUAGUUUCACUUCAAAGGACAACGCCAGGAUCCCGGUCAAGAUAUAUCACCCUGAUCCCGCGGUCUUCGGGGACGGCCCGUAUGGCGUGCAUUUGAAUUUUCACGGAGGCGGCUUCGUGCUAGGGGAUCUGAACACGGAGUCCCACCUGUGUCUAAGCAUGCGUGAUGGCGCGGGCGUCGUCGUGAUCGAUGUCAACUAUCGACACUGUCCCGAAACUAUCUGGGGGAAAUGUAUGGAAGACGCCUGGGCUGCAUUGACAUGGACCCGAGACUCAGCCGCGACGCUGAACAUCAAACCGGACUCCGUCUCCAUCGGCGGCGUCUCCGCCGGCGCGCACAUCUCCCUCGUCCUGCAGCACCUCGCCCGGGACGCCGGCGUGCCCCUGCGCCUCUGCCUCCCCACCGUGCCCCCCUCCGCCGAAGGGCUCCUCUACAAAGACUACACCGAGUCGCCCUUCCCGUCCUUCCACGAGUUCGCGCACGGGCCCAUCCUCGCCUGGUCGCGCAUCAAGUUCUUCGGCCAGCACGCCUUCCCCGGCAACCAGCACGAGCGCAUCCGCGCCGCGUGGCCCGAGUGGUGGAUCUCGCCGCUCAAGGCCGACCACUGGCACGGGCUGUGCGACACGUUUUUGAGGACGGCGGAGGUCGAUCCGCUGAGGGACGAGGGCGAGGCGUACGCGCGGAAGCUGGUCGAGGGGGGCAACCUGGUCACGGUGAAGAGGUACAUUGGCGCGCCGCAUAUUUUCAUGUACAUGGAGUGGUUUGAGAGGAAGAAGGAGUUUGAUAGGGACACGAUUGCGGCGCUGAAGAUUGCGCAUGCGUGAUGAUGAUGUGGGGGUCUAGGGAGGUAGGUAGGUAGGUAUGGAAGAAAGAAAGAAAGAAAAAGAAGAAAUAAAGGGUGUAUUGAGGGGUCGUGAUGGUGAGAAUCGCUCCGACUAUCUAUCUAAUUUAGGUACGGUAGGUACCUAGGUGGGUAUAGGUAUCUUGCUAAAACAUGAUGGCCUCGGGGAUAUAUGCCU